AUGGCGGUGUUGGAUCGGCUGGCAUUCCUUCACCAGCUUCCUGUGCUGCUGAAAGGGGACCUCCGACGACGACACACCCCCUGCCCGGGGUACUUAUAUGAAGAGAUUGCCCGGAUAUCCCAGGAGUCCGCCGGCAGUGGGCAGUGCCUCCUAGAAUACCUCCUGAACCGCCUACAGAACAGCUCCUGCCGCGUGAAGUUAAAGGUGCUGAAGAUUCUCCUGUAUCUGUGCGCUCACAGCACCGACCUCUUCCUCCACGAUCUCCGCCGCAAUGUGGUCUACAUUCAGGAGGCUGCAGCCGUCAGCGGGCCUCCGGAUCCUCUUCACGGUAUCAGCCUGUACCAGAAGGUUCGAUCUGCAGCCCAGGAACUUGUCAGCAGUUUGUUCACAGAUGUGUCACCGCACAGCUCCAACGUGCCACCUGCGAAGGAGAAGCCCCCGACAGGAAUGGGUUCCCAGGUGUGUCAUCCCCACACCAUGCAAGGAUUCGGAUAUUCUCAGGAUAGACCCGGUUCAGGAACGGCCAGUGAAGCUCUGCUCAGCGGUAUACAGAGGGCGGCCGUAGCGGUGACCCAGGCAGUGCUGAUUGGGGCCGGUUCUCACUCUCCUUGCCCCGGUGACCCGGCUGAUAACGCAUACAAACCUGUAGCCGUGCCGUUAGGCGCUGGACAGCCUCCUGCCGAAAAACCUGCGUGUAAAUCUGCACACGGCAACAGAGGUUGUCACCGCUCAGGGGUACCUGGCGGGGGCUGGGAUGACAGCGACAGCGGCCACAGCUCACAGGACUCCAUCCAGGACAAGUCCUCCCGCAGUCUCUCCUCUGACGCCGCUAGCAAGACGGGCAGCGACUGCCAAUCCCGGAGCGGCAAUAGAGAGGGCGCCGACACCACUGACAGAGUGGAGCCGUCUCACCCCGGUGAUUGUCUACAGGAGGCUCAGCUGGUUCUGACGGUGACCCGGGGGGACAGAGUGUUCCUGACACAAGACGAAGUGCAGCAUUUCAUCAGAGGAUGCUCUCUCCUGAACUGUGAGGUCGUCUUUGAGAUGUUGAAUCGCUCGCUGGAAGAUGACAAUUCGGGUGUAAAACUGCGCUCCAUGUGUGCGAUCGCUUCCCUCAUGACCUCUGACCUGCUGUCACAUGACCACAUGUUGGCCGUAGUGAGACGCAACCUGCAGAAACUAAGUGGAGGACCCGUGGGCCCGGUGAUGGACAAAGCCAGAAAGAUCCUCCUUCAGUUUGAAGCACUCACUGGACUUUCUCCUAAAGGUGGAGCUUCACGACAUUCGCUGUUACCAGCCCGCCCCUGAGGAGUUCCCUGGACCUUUUAAAUGACAUUGUACCGCAGUCAGAAGAGGAGACUUUGCUGGCCCCCUCCAAUGCUCCCCCUUCCCCCUCUCCAGGAUUGGACGCCCUGACUGCUGCUCAUGGCAAUGGUAACACAUGGAAGGAAGGCCGAGUUGUGGACUCGGUGAGAUCGGCCCCUGAGGGUUGCUCAGAAGCCCCCUCCCUGAACGGCGUACACGGGUGUUUGUCGCUGUUCGAUGGAAUGGAUUUGGUGACGCAAGUGCGGAGCAGUGCAAAAACCAAGCCGGCAUUAGAGCCGCCCGUCACAAACCAUCACACUGACUCCGUAUCACAGCCGAGAAAUGCCCCGCCGUGCCUCCCCUCUGCAUUCUCCUUCCUGAACACAUGA